UGUAUUCGACCACCGUCGAUAUUUGCGCGAUAUUACGAUGUAUUAAAAUUGUGAAUAUAUUUACUUUUUAAUUUGUGUAGAUUCUGUGUUAGUGUUGGUGGUUUAUUUCUUUGAUAGAUUAAAUUUUCUUAUAAUUUCUAAGUGAAUUGUGUAAGUGUUUAGUAAAAUGUGAUAUUACGGUCGAGAUAUUCAAGAAUGCAGAAACUGCGGAAUCAUCAACUACCUCAAAGAAGCUAGCGUUCUUUAAUUGAAGCAAUAAUGACUAUAAAUUUAAGUGCGACGAAAUGUGACCAAGUUUCCCAAAUGUGACUUUCACUAAAUUCAGUGCCAAACAAUGUUUUGCUGUAAAGAACUUAAACUACUCUACGCCACUGUUGUUCUUUUACUAGAAGCUGAAUUAUUGGUGAACACAGGUGCUAUGGAGUCGAAGAGGUCUUCCAUUCUGGUCACUCAAAAUGCAGACGAUCUAAAAUCCUUAGAAUUGUGUACGACCAGAAAUCAACAAAGAUUGGGCAGUGUGUUUGGGAAUUUUACUCGACACCAUAAAAAAGGUCACAGAAGAAGAACUACAACUACCACGUCAUCAACACAAACCACAAUAGUUUAUACAACUAUCGAUACAGAUGAAGAUUCUACUGAGUCUUAUACGACGAGUGCCUAUAAUAUUAGCACAACCACAUAUCCUAAUCUGCCCAAACCACUUCGUUUGUCCUCUGAAUUAGAUAAAGAUUUCAAUGAAGAUGUAUAUAAUAUAGAUAAUGUUCUAGAAGAAGCUAAGGAAAUAAGUCGUGAAAGACAUCACAAUAAACACCACGAAAGGUUACAAGAUAAGGAAAUAAUUACAGAAUUAGACGAAGGAGCACUAUCAAAAUCUUUAAAUAAAGUUAAAAAAAUGUAUAGAGAUUCGACCGCGUCGGCGGUUAAUAAGCUUAGUGCAAAGGGUUUAAAAAACGGUAUAUUUUUGACAGAGAAUUGUACUACUGUUAUAGCUCAAAUAGGUACAACAGCAAUAUUACACUGCGAAGUUAGUGAUAUAACAGAAAACACGGUGACUUGGAUAAGACGGAAAGAUUACUCGCUGCUAUCCGUCGGUCUCGUCACUUACAGCGCUGACAGUAGAUUCUUUUCAGCUCACGGGAGACAUGUCAAGGACUGGGCUCUGCACAUACGCUUUGCAACGUCGGCUGAUGCGGGCUACUAUGAGUGCCAAGUGCCAACUCAUCCACCGACUAGUAUCUUUUUUAAGCUCGUCCUUGUCGCCGCUUACGCAGAGAUAGUCGGUGAAUCGGAGAAGAUUAUCCAUGAAGGGUCCAUGUUGAAACUCGUGUGUGUCGUCAAGCGAUCCACUGAGCCACCGUCUUAUGUAUUCUGGUACUUCGAGAACCGUAUGAUUAACUAUGACCUGAAUGGCGUCAGUGUUCACAACGGUCGUCAAACAAGUGAACUUAUCAUUGGCAAAGCAGAACCUCGACACUCUGGCAAUUAUACCUGCGUGCCAGCGAAUGCCAGAGCUGCAUCUGUCACCGUACACGUCGUACAAAGUGAAACGCCAGCCGCAAUGCAGCACGGUAACAAUUCAUCAAUGAAAUCUUUUCAUGUGAAUUUAGUGAAAUAUUUAAUACUUCUUUCAUUAUUACUUAAUAUUGUAAAAAGUUUAGGCGAAUUCGGAUAACAAUAAUACGAUGUACAGUUAUCGAUGUAAUCCAUUCGGAUAAUGAUGUUUUCUAGUUGAAAAUAUGUACAGAUAUAUUUAAAUGAAUAACUUGUAUUUAAUAUAUUAUCGCUUUAAUAAGUGAUAUGAUUUACAUUUUAAUAUUUCUAUAUUUUCGUAAUAAGUACUAAUAUAUGUGUAGGCAAUUAUGAUUUUAUUGGAUUUCAAAUA